GCUGGCAGAAACGGAAGCGGGACAGCUGUGGCGGGAGACGCGGAAAGUAACGCUACGUAUCUGGACACACUGAAUAUUAAUUAACCUAUUGUUGCAUCCUAUACCCAGUGAAAUGGGCGACAGUGACGACGAGUUUGAUCGCCGGCGGAGGGACAAGUUCCGCCGCGAGAGGAGCGACUAUGACCGGUCCAGGGAGAGGGACGACCGCCGCAGAGAUGAUUGGAACGACAGGGAGUGGGACAGGGGCCGGGAGCACCGCAGGCGCGGGGAGUACCGGGACUACGAGCGCGGCCGCAGGGAGCGCUUCUCCCCUCCCCGGCACAUGAGCCCGCCGCAGAAGCGCAUGAGACGGGACUGGGAUGACCACAGGGGAGACCCCUACCAUGGGGCUUACGACAUUCCGCACGGAGGCGGCGGCCCCAGCUACGCCCCCCCUGCAGCCCUGCCCCCCCAGCCGUGGGGGCACCCUGACAUGCACAUCAUGCAGCAGCAUCAUGGCAUUCCCAUCCAGGCCAGACUGGGUAACAUGCCUGAGCUGGACCUGGGCCCGCCAGCUCCGGUCAUGAAGAGCUUCAAGGAGUUUCUGCUGUCCCUGGAUGACUCUGUGGAUGAGACCGAGGCCGUCAAGCGCUACAACGAGUACAAGCUGGACUUCCGCCGGCAGCAGAUGCAGGACUUCUUCCUGGCCCACAAGGACGAGGAGUGGUUCCGCUCCAAGUACCACCCGGACGAGGCGGGGCGCCGGAAGGCAGAGGCCCACGCCGCGCUGCGGAACCGGCUGGGCGUCUACAUGUUCCUGAUGGAGAACGGCUGGUUUGACGGCCUCUCGCUGGACAUCGACCGUGCCCUCGCCAUCAUCAAGGUCCUGGAUGCAGCCGUAAUAAAGAUGGAGGGCGGGACGGACAACGACCUGCGCAUCCUGGAGCAGCCGAAUGAGGAAGAAGAGGAGAAGGAGAGGGUGGCAGCCACGGGGGCGGGGCCUGAGGCCUCCAAACAAGACGAGCCCAGAGGGGCGGACGGAGAGCGGAAACCAGCGGCAGAGAAGGAGGACAAGGAGAAGAAGGGGGAGAACGGGGUGGGUGGAGCAGAGGACAAGGAGAAUGGAGUGAUGGCAGGAGGUGAUGUCCGAGAGGAAGAGGGGGGCAAAGCUCUGCAGAAGGAUGAGCACGAGCCCAAGAAGGCAAAGAAGAGGAAGAGGGCCCGCAGUGGGGACAGCGAGGACGAGGCCAGCGCCUCGGACGACAGCGAGUGCGACUCGGACUCCCACUCCUCCGACAAGCUGGCCGAGAGGGAGGAGGAGGAGGACAAGGAGGAAGAAGAGGAGGAGGGCGAGGAUAAGGCAGACAUGAAAGAGCACAAAGAGGAGCAGGCCAAGGAGAGACAGAGGGAGGAGAAGAGGGAGGAGCUCCCCCAGCUGCCUCGCCCACUGCACCGCACCUGCUCCUUGUUCAUGAGGAGCAUCGCGCCCACCAUCUCCAAGGCAGAGAUCGUUGCUCUGUGCCGCAGGUACCCAGGGUUCAUGCGCGUGGCGCUUUCCGACCCCCAGCCAGAGCGCAGGUUUUACCGACGAUGCUGGGUUACAUUUGACCGGAGUGUGAAUAUUAAGGACAUCUGCUGGAACCUGCAGAACAUCCGUCUGCGGGACUGCGAGCUGGCCCCGGGGGUGAACCGGGACCUGGCGCGGAGGGUGCGCAACGUCAACGGCAUCACCCAGCACAAGCAGGUCCUGCGCAACGACAUCAAGCUGGCGGCCAAGCUGAUCCACGCGCUGGACGAGCGCGAGCGGCUCUGGGGCCAGAAGCAGAGGGGCGACGCCCUGGCCCCCGAGCUCCCAGCACAGAAUCCCAUCCUGAAGAACAUCACAGACUACCUGAUCGAGGAGGUGAGCGCGGAGGAGGAAGAACUGAUGGGCAGCAGCGCGGGUGGAGCCGACGCCGAGGAGGGCAGCAAGGAGGGCAACCCCACCGAGAUCACCGUGGAGAGGGAUGACAAGCUGGUCAAGGUGCUUGACCGCUUGCUGCUGUACCUGCGCCUGGUCCAUUCCAUAGAUUACUACAACACGUGCGAUUACCCCAAUGAGGACGAAAUGCCCAACCGCUGUGGCAUCAUCCAUGUGCGAGGACCCAUCCCGCCCAACCGCAUCACCCACGGAGAGGUGGCAGAGUGGCAGAAGACAUUCGAGGAGAAGCUGGGCCCCCUCUUCAGUGUUAAGGAGACUCUGUCCGAGGAAGAGGCCAACAAGAUGGGCCGCAAGAACACCGAGCAAGAAGUGGAGAAGUUCCUCUCUGCCAACACACAGGAGCUGGGAAAGGACAAGUGGCUGUGUCCGCUCAGUGGCAAAAAGUUCAAGGGCCCAGAGUUUGUGCGCAAACACAUCCUGAACAAGCAUGCGGACAAAAUUGAAGAGGUGAAGAAGGAAGUUAUCUUCUUUAACAACUUUCUGAUGGAUGCCAAGAGGCCCGCCCUGUCUGAAGCCAAAGCCCCGCCUCCCCCCACGCCUGGACAGGGCGUCCUAGCGCCAGGAUUGCCCUACCCCCACCAGUCGCCCCAGGGGCUGAUGGGAUUCGGGCAGCCACGCCCCCCGGUCAUGGGCUUUGGAGGAGGCCCUCCUUACCCUCCCAACCAGUUUGGAGGGGGCAGAGGUAACUUCGACAAUUUCCGUGGUCACGGUGGUUACCCUGGGAAACCCCGAAACAAUAGAAUGUUCCGUGGAGAUCCUCGUAACAUAAUUGAAUACCGUGACCUGGAUGCGCCAGAUGACAUUGACUUCUUUUAAAGACUUUUUUUUAUACUUCUCGGCAUUAUUUUUAUUUGUGUAUUCGCCCUGCCCCCAACCCCCAGCAGUGUUACAUCAGUAUCUUAGACGUGGUGUUUAAAAAUCCUUUAAAAUUCCUUUGUGUCAUUGAGAGAAAGAGCACAGUGUCCCUGACUAGGUUUGUACCAUGAGACAGACAACCUUUUUUUCCUCCAAUAAAAAGAAGCAUAAGGAUCACAUGAGUGGUGUGUUUUUCCGUCAUUCUUGCAGGCCCACGCUCAUGACCUCUUGUCUUGACCUCUGAUCUCUGUUGUUUCUUCUCUGUUUUUCCCCUUUGAUGCUUCUCAUGUCAGCUCCUUCUACGUGCUGUCUCUCUACACUCCCUUCUUUCCCUCAGAUUCUUCUGAAUUCCCAAGACUGGCAAAAGUAUACAGUAUAAAAGUACUGUAUACUGCAUACCCCUCCAUUCCAAGGAAACAGCAUUGGAAAUUAUGAUGCCCCUCAUUCACACACUGAUGGUGAACAGCUCCCUUGGCAGUUAAUACCAGUUCCUUUUUCUACUACAAGAUGGCAAUCUCCCCAAUUUACAAAGUAAGAUUUUUUUACUUUUUUAAUAAAAUUAAACACUUUGAA